UUCUCAUCUCGCUUCGAUGCUCUUAAACCCUAACCCUCUUGGUCGACGAUCAACGAGCUUGAGCUUGCCGAUCAACCUAUCUACUGCUCCGGUCGUGGCUGCCGUUUGGAUUUCGUGGGUGCUGGUUUGAUCUAAAGCAGGAAUCAAUGUUCUUGUCCCUUGUUUUCUUCUUCAAUUCAAUGGUUUAAUCGCUUCGAGCUUUGUGUAGUGAUCAGUUCUUGUUCUAGGAUGUGAUACAUGCCUGCUUUGGAUAAGUAUUUGGGAGACCUCGCCUAGUGUUUAAAAAUGGUCAAAGAAGAAGAUUGCUCUGAUAGCAAUGCAUGUUCAAAUGCUGAAGUGAUCAAUCAAAAUUUGAUCAAGGAUGAGCCAUUGGAUUUGAAGCCAGCUCUGGAAACAGAGAGAAUUCAUUCAAGUUCAUCCGGUGGUCAUUUGAAAUCAUAUUUUGUUGGAAUGGGAUUUUCACCAUCCCUUGUUGAUAAAGUGAUCAAGGAACAUGGUGAAGGUGAUGCUAACCUGCUAUUGGAAACUCUCUUUACAUAUUCUGCUCUUGAGAAGUCCAGUAGUCCCAAAGCUUCAGAUUCUAAGGAUGGAUUAUCUGGUUCUGACAAGGAAGGGGGUGAUUCACCUCUUAACUUUACUUCGGAUGAUGAAGAAAUGGAGGGGCACACUGAGCCUGUUAAUGUUGACUUGGAUGACAAGAGGUCUUACUUGUUAAUGAUGGAUUUUUCAGAGGAAGAAGUUGCCAUGGCAAUAAAUAACCUAGGUGAAAAUGCUCUUCUUACAGAACUUGUAGAUUUUAUAGUUGCUGCACAAACAAUAGAUCACUCUAAAGAGAAGGCGCUGAAUGGCUUAAUUCACAUUGAUGACGGGAAGAAUAAGGAAGCUACUACGGAAACUCUGUUUGGCACGAUGGACAAGACUCUUUGCUUGCUUCAGAUGGGUUUUACGGAACGUGAAAUAUCCAUUGCUGUCGACAAACUUGGAAUAGAUGUUCCCAUUCGUAGGCUUGCAGAAUCAAUAAUGUCUACCAGGUUGCCAAAUACAGCUGUCAAAGAAGAAUAUGAGUAUCAAAAUGAAUCGAAUUGGGAGAAGAAUGCAUCAGAAGGAUAUUCGAAGCGCAAUUGUCCUGCUGAAUUCAUGGAACCAAAUGCAUCAACUUCAGAUUUUAUUCUGAAAACAGCAAAGAAGGCUAAAAAUAUUGCAGUAGAUGACAUGGAAGCCUCUAGCAGUAAACACAAGCAACCAGGAGUAGCUAAUUCGAAGGGGUCAUGUUACGCUGAGCAUAACUUUUACGAGGAGUUCAGAAACCCACCGGGCACAAGUUGGAUCAAGGAAGAAACACCCAAUCUGACAGCUCCCAGUCACCUACACUCAGAUGCAUCAUGGAUAAAGGAUGAAAUUCCUGAACAAACAGCAUCCUAUGUGCAGAGGAAUGUCCCGGCAAUCCUAUGCAGACCUCCGUAUUUCUUCUAUGGAAAUGUCAUUGAUACUCCUCAGGUGACAUGGAAAAAGUUAUCACAAUUCCUGUAUGCAGUUGAGCCAGAAUUUGUGAAUUCUCAGUCUUUUUCGGCCUUCAUCAGGAAAGAGGGAUAUCUUCACAAUCUACCUACUGAGAAAAGGUUUCAUAUACUGCCGAAGCCACCGAUGACAAUUGAAGAUGCACUGCCACAAACAAAAAUGGUGGCAUCAUGGGAUACCCGGAAGCAGAUAAGCUGUAUUAAUUUUGACAGUACUGGUAUCACUCGUUUGUGCGAGCGGCUAGGCAAGAUGAUGAUGGACUCACAAGGAGUGUUAUCCAAAGAACAACAAAUUGACACUCUUCACCAGUGCAAGACCUCGAACCUUCUAUGGGUCGGCCCACACAGGCUGAGCCCUAUAGAGGCCGAACAAGUGGAGCAAAUCUUAGGGUACCCAGUUCGGCAUACUGAAAUCUGGGGCAUGGAACCGUCUGAUAGACUUAAAGUGUUAAAAUACAGCUUCCAGACUGAUACUCUUGGUUAUCAUCUUUCUGUUCUGAAGGCUAUGUAUCCUGGUGGAUUACGGGUGCUGUCCAUUUUUAGCGGAAUUGGAGGUGCUGAAGUAACCCUGCACAGGCUCGGUAUUCGUCUCAAUUGUGUAGUUUCUGUCGAAUCAUCAGAAACCAAUCGGAAAAUCUUUAAGAGGUGGUGGCAAAAAACAGGACAGCCUGGACAAUUAGUGCAGAUGGGAGGUGUCGGGAUGCUGACCAGUCAUAAGCUAGAACAAUUAAUGAAGGAAUACGGUGAUUUUGAUAUUGUCAUCGGUGCCAAUCCAGGUUCUUAUACUUCCAGGACUACCAGCGCAGGCGAUUUCUCCAUGGGAAUGGACAUAAGCCUUUUCUUCGAAUACGUACGUGUACUACAACGAGUAAGGAGCAUGGCGGGAAGAAGCAGAUGAUUUGUUAAUAUCAAUCGUAUUUCCCGAGCUAUGAUCGUAUGGUGUAUUACCUUUGUUCUGGUUUCUGGUUCCUGUCUUUGUAAGAAACAAUGCAUCUUCAAUGACAUGUUGCCUACCAAAUUACAUUGGAUCUCUCAUUUA